AUGCUUCUCUUCAGACGCGUACCCAUCUCGAGAAUCCCCAGAUUAAUUGUGUCGAGACGGAUCAGUAUGGAGCAGCAGUCUAUUAUGCGAUUUUUUGGGCUGAAGGCGGCAGCAAAGGCGCCAGCCAAGCGGACUCUGGAUACUCAGAAGUUGCCAGCCAAAAGACUUAAGAUAGAGGAGCCUGAGAAGUCAAAGUCUGAAGAGAAGACGGUGAGUCUCGUAACAGAAAAUACCAAGUCAGGAGAGGCAAAUACAGAUGAUUCAGAAACUCGAAUUGACCUGAAAGUCGCCAAACCAGUGACUGCAAUGGAGAUCGAUUCUAAGGUUGAUUCUGAAAAGGUGGACAGUGAUAAGCCAGAUAGCGACAGAGACAUGACUCCCGAAAAGGAAGAAGACGCCUCUCAGCUUAUUAAGCUCUCGGAGCAGAAUCACAAACACCAACAAUUGGCAACCAAGGGAACGAAAAUUCCUUAUUCAAAGGUCACAGCUGUGCUUGAUAAGAUCGAAAAGGAAUCUGGCCGUCUCAAGAUCACUGCGCUCGUUUCGGAGUUCUUCUUAGAAGUGUUGGAGCAGUUCCCUGACCCUCAACAGUUGGUCCGUAUCGUCUACCUCUUUAUCAAUAGAUUAGGUCCUGACUACGAGCCCGACUUGGAGUUGGGAUUGGGCGAGACAUUGCUUAUUAAGGCAAUCAGUGAAUGUUACGGACGAGCUCCAUCAAAAAUCAAGAAAGAUUACCAAGAAGUGGGAGAUCUCGGCCUGGUAGCCCAGAAGUCUCGCUCCGGUCAGCCUACCAUGUUCAAGCCUGCCCUGUUAGACGUGGACGCUGUGUUCGAGAAUCUCACCAAGAUCGCAAAGGCUACAGGUAAAGAUUCUCAGUCACGAAAGAUUGGUAUUAUCAACAAAAUGCUUACUGCGUGUGACCAGAAAACAAGCGAGGCGAAGUUUCUCAUUCGUUCUCUCGAAGGUAAGUUGCGUAUUGGUUUGGCGGAAAAGACGGUUUUGGUAGCAUUAGCCCAAGCAUUCUUGAACUUUGAAAACAACACCAAGAAACGUAUUCUGCCCGAUUCACUAACCAAGGCUGAGGACAUCAUACGUGAGGCGUUUUCGUUGAUUCCUAACUAUGAGAUUAUCAUCAAGAAUGCACAUGAACAUGGCAUCAUGAACUUGCUCGACCAUUGUCAAUUGACUCCCGGUGUCCCACUAAAGCCCAUGCUAGCAAAGCCCACCAAAUCCAUCGGCGAGGUAUUGGACAGAUUUCAAGGCGAACAAUUCACUUGCGAAUACAAAUAUGACGGAGAAAGAGCUCAGGUGCAUUUGCUUCCCGAUGGAACCGUGAGAAUCUACUCUAGAAACUCUGAAGACAUGUCUGAAAGAUACCCUGAUUUGGUGUCGAUCGUCAAAGAUUUCAUCAAGGAGUCUCACGAGCUGAGCACUAGCGGAACUCCUAAGUCGAUGAUUCUCGACUGCGAAGCUGUAGCAUGGGAUAGAGAGAAAAGCAAAAUUCUUCCAUUUCAGGUGCUCUCGACCAGAAAACGUAAGGACGUUAACGAAAGUGAUAUCAAGGUCCAUAUCUGCUUGUUUGCAUUCGACUUGCUCUAUUACAAUGGACAGUCCCUAAUAGGUAGGGCCUUCGAAGAAAGAAGAACCACUUUGCAUGAAAACUUUCAACCUGUGGAAGGAAAGUUCCAAUUUGCUACUUGCAAAGACUCCUCGGACUUGGAUGAGCUACAGGCCUUUUUGGAUCAGUCUGUCAAAGAUUCUUGUGAAGGACUCAUGGUGAAGAUGUUACAUGGUUCUGAAUCCUUCUACGAGCCAUCCAAAAGAUCCAGAAACUGGUUGAAGUUGAAGAAAGAUUAUUUGGCAGGUGUUGGUGAUUCACUUGACUUAGUGGUCGUUGGUGCCUAUGUUGGAAAAGGAAAAAGAACUGGUUCAUAUGGUGGUUUCUUGUUGGCUUCAUACAACGAUGACACCGGUGAGUACGAAACCACCUGUAAGAUUGGUACGGGUUUCUCUGAUGAAGAUCUUUCUUCCCUUUAUACUCGCCUAAAGCCCACGGAAAUUUCCCAGCCCAAGCCAUUUUAUGUCUACGAUACGAAGAACUCAAAUGCCGUACCUGAUGUUUGGCUCGAGCCCACAACUCUAUUUGAGGUCCUUACUGCAGAUCUCUCGUUGAGUCCUAUUUAUAAAGCAGGCCACCAGGAGUACGGAAAAGGUAUCUCUUUGAGAUUUCCAAGAUUCCUUAGAAUCAGAGAAGACAAGGGUGUGGAGGAUGCAACUAGCUCUAGCCAGGUGGCUGAAUUUUACGAGAGACAGGCUAAUGUUAACUAA